GGUACCAGACACAUUCCAAAAUGCACAUGUUUCGUCAAAUUUUGUGUUGUGAAAUCCUGAAAGUAGCCGUAAAUCUCCGUCUGUAAUUAAGUUAAUUACAAACAAAUACAAGUUAGAUCAUACACACAUUGUACUCAUAAGUUAUUGAUCAACAGUAUGGCCGAUCCAUAUGUUUUGGAAGAGUUAUCGAACUUUCUUUCCGUGUCCGCCCGUCCCGACUUGAAGGCGAGUGCUCUGCAAUACGUGGUGGGUCUAACGUCGUCUGCAGACGGCAUACAACUCUUGCAGUCUCACGCUAAGCUCCCGGAAGCUCUCGUAGCUUUAACUCAAGACACGGACGAUAAAACUUCGUCAGAUGCAUUUAAAUGCGUCGUCAACUUAACUGCGCAUAUUGUCGACGGCGGGGAAAGUACAAAUACGUUUGCAUCAGACAAGAAACUACUGUCGAUUUUGUUAAAGACUGUCGUUGACAAGUCCAACUUUAAUUCAGACAACGCGUGUAAAGUAUUGACAAACAUAACACGAGUUCCAGCAGGAUGCAGGCACGUUAUGGAGGUUUUACAAGAACAAGAUUUUCCAGUGAAGUUGGUAACGCUAGUGGAGACAUUUGGUACCAAGGACUACAACAGCAAGAAUUCAAAUUUGGACUAUCUUGGGACUGUUUUGUCCAAUUUGACCCAGCUACCAGAGGGAAGGGAAUUUGUUUUGGAUAAAGACAGAUGCGUUAUACAGAGAUUGUUGCCUUAUAUACACUACCAAGGAUCCGGUGUUAGGAGGCGGGGUAUUGUGGCUGCAUUGAGAAACUGCUGCUUUGAAACAGACUACCAUGACUGGUUGUUAAGUGAAGCAGUGGACAUCUUGCCCCAUCUUCUUCUCCCUCUUGCUGGCCCAGAGGAACUGACUGAGGAAGAGAUGGAAGGAAUGCCGGAGGACUUACAGUAUCUAGAUGAGGACAAGAAAAGAGAGACAAAUAAAGAUAUUAAAAAGAUGCUGAUUGAGGCAGUCAUGAAGCUAUGUGCUACCAAAUCAGGACGCAAGGUGGUCCAAGAUAAGCGGACAUACAUCAUAAUGAGAGAGUACCAUCAGUGGGAGAAGGAGCCUUCUUUAAUGCAACCAUGCGAGGACCUAAUACAGAUUCUUAUAGGUGAUGAGCCAGAACCAGGAAUGGAAAACCUACAGGAGGUUACAAUACCUGACAAAAUCGCAAAAUCAUUGGAAAACACUAGUUAAUAUCAAGUAUUGUUUGAAGCUUUGAAUGGUGUGGAGAAACAAGAAGAAACUUUAAAUAAAUAGUAAGCUUGUGGGUUCAACUAUGUGUACAUCUCUUAGAGUGAGUGUUGGCUCUGAAAAGAGCCGGUUGGGUCUCGACGUUUCGAACAGUAUACUCUGCUCGUCUUUAAG